CAUAAUUCAAGAGGGUACUGUCUCUUCCUACUGUUGCUUUCAUACACCUCAACAUGACUCCUUCCUUUUGUAAUUAUUAUCUUCAUACUCAAAAGCCCAUAAUUAUAAGUUUCAAUUAAUUAUGAAUUUGACUUUCUUUUUCACUUAUUGCAUCCUUUAUUUUCGUAACUUACUACCCUAAAUAAUCAAUGUAUCUGACUACAAAAUUGAAAUUUGUUUAUCACAACAUCAAUGUAGUUAAUUAAUUUGAUGCAAUAAUAUAUGGGUUGAUCAGAACUACUUGAAUUACACCAAGAUUGGAUUAAUAUAAUAAAGGAAUACCAAACAACUUCAUACCCUUGCUACUUGCCAGGCUCACAAAAGCUUUUUAGUAGGUGUAAAUAUCUUAAUUUCUGGCCAAUUUACAAAUGUUUAAGGAUUUUGUAUAUAAUCAAAAGAUCAAGGAAAUUUUUAUCGUCUGCCCAGAAGAUGAGUUUGUAAAUGUCAUCAUAUAUAUCCAUAGAUUUUCUAAUGUGUCAUCACCAUUGCAUAUAUACAUUACGAUCAAGUCAUUUUCAAUUGACUAAUUGAUAUAGGAAACAAAUUAUUUAAAUAGCAUUAAUGUAAUUUGAAGUUACGUAACGACAACAAGCGUACGUGUAGUUCACGAAACUAGACACAACCAAGAUAUAAAAAUAAAUCAUAACAAUAACAAAGACCCAUCCACAUAAGAUUAUAUGACAUAUUUUUGGAAAUUUCACGAUUUGAAGAAAAAAAAGAUCGUGGCUAGAUUUUGUAAAUCUACAAAAGUUUACUUGUGAUUUAUUUUAAAUUUUGUAAAUUAUGUUUAGUUAAUUAUUAAGAUUGAUAUAGGAUUGUGGCUAGUUUUUAUAAAACAGACUAAUUGAAUCGACAACCAAACUGUUUCAACUAAAUAAAUAGUUUUUAAAACAUUAAUUAAUUCUAUUAUAUAUUAUAAUUAAUCAUAUGGAGUACUAGAUAUAUAUGUCACUAUAGAAAAUAAAAUAAUGACACACAAUAUAACCGGUUUAUUAUAAGAUAAAUAAGUUCUCCCAAAUAUAACAGGCGUGCCUAUCCAUCUGUCUUUUGCACCAUGUGAUAUACAAAACUUCAAUAAAACAAUGCCCUAGCUUUAAUUUGUAACUGCCGAUAAAGCACUACACACAACUUUUCAAUAUGUUCAGAAAUGGUCCCAUAAAAAUAAUUAUGCUACUUUUUCUUUCACUAUUUUAUCCCCACAAACCCUAGCUACAUUUUUGCUCUUUUGUUAAAGAAUGUAACUUAACCUUAAGAAGAGAAAUUUGGGUAUCUUGUUAACCAUCCAUCCAAUCAUUUCUCAACCACAUCACACCAUUAAAUUAGCUGAAAGUAACAUUGUUUCAUUUGGUUAUUCUGGCUAUACUUGUUAGGGAAUAAUUUUGAGGUUUUAAGCUCGUGGUGAAUGUUAGAAAGAGUGAAAGAGAGGAUCAUUUUUAACAAAUUUGAUUGAUCAUUUACUAAUGAAUAUUUCGUCAUAAACAUUAUCGCGUGACGAAAAUAAUCUCCGAUAAGAUUUUGACAGCUAAAGAUGAUGCCGAAGGAACGUACGACACGUGGCAGCAUAUGAGUCAUUGCUUUUAUCUUUACUAAAAACUCAUUCCAAUUGGCCAUGGUUGGUUGAGUUGCAACAUUCUGAAACUCUCUCUACUCAUUUCUGUCAUGAAUUCUAUCUAAACUCAUGUCCUCUACAGUUAGGUUUUCUCUUUUAAGCAACUACUUUUGAAGUUAUAGACUUUCUCUCUAGAUUCGGCUAGAACAAGCUUGUUUUCAACUAUAAUAGCAAGCUAGUGAAGUUUUGUUCAAGAAAUAUAGCUGAAUUUUGGAAAAAAGUACCUGAAAUCUAUGUCCAAAGACUUCUUCUUGAAUCUUGAACCAAAAAAGGGGUAGCUUCUGCAUCAGUUAUGAGUCAAGAAAGAUGAAUAUUUCAAAUUUAAGAGAAUCAAACCACGAAACCAAGCAAGAAGGAUCUAGUGAUGCCUGCAAGAUUGUACCUAAACCAAACUUAACCACAUCGUCAUGGUCGAGAUUGAAAGAUCCAAGAAUUGUUCGAGUUUCUAGAGCUUUUGGUGGAAAAGAUCGACAUAGUAAAGUUUGUACAGUUAGAGGGUUAAGAGAUCGGCGAGUUAGACUCUCAGUUCCCACUGCUAUCCAAUUGUAUGAUCUUCAAGAUCGUUUAGGACUCAAUCAACCGAGUAAAGUUGUCGAUUGGUUACUUGAUGCAGCUAAACAUGAAAUCGACGAACUCCCUCCUCUCCAAAUCCCACCAGGAAGCUUCGGACAAAAUCUUCAAGCAAUGCUAAGUGCUUGUUCACAAUCCGAAGAGGUUAAAAGUAAUGUUAAUGGUCUGAAUUGGGAGGAUUACUGGAACCCUGAUAAAUCAAAAGCAACUGCACGAGACACCAGUGAAGAUGGAGAAAAUCUUGAUCGAGAAGAUGAAAGAAACAAGCAUGAUCAUCAUGGGACAUUUGUUCAACCUAGUAAUUUCUUCGGAAGAAACCCUAAUUCUUCGAAUUUACCAGUUCAUAACUUCAAUAUGAACGUAUCAGCUUUGCCCUCCAUUCCGUCGGGAUCUCAGGUUCUUCUGUAUCCUCCACCACAACCACCGCCUCAAACACAGUCCUAUUUCCCUUCACACAAUCACAACUCCGGUGAGUUUGAUCCGAAACAACUAAACUUCCAAAUGCUCAGUUCUUCUUCAAGUUCUAAUUUCACGCCACCUCUCUACACAAUAAACCAAGGGAUGCGACCGUUUCAUUUGAGCAUGAACCCUAAGUUUUUUUCUUCAGAAGAUCAUGGUGGGCAUGAACCACACAAAUGAGUGAAAUCCUUUCUUGAUCUUCAUAUUCAUGAAGCAUCAUUCGAACUUUGCGUUAAGAAUAACUAGAACCCAAAAUGGAGCAAUCUUAUUUAAAUCAAGAUGGUUUUAUUUUUUGUUUUCGAUUAAAGUGUUCGUUAACCUUCCUUCAUAUAAACUCAAAUUUUCUUAUGUAUACUUUUAUAUAUAGAUAUUGAUUGAUGUAUGAAAUAUUGUAUCAGUUCUUCCCAUUCUUGAGGUGUAACACAGCAAUAAUAAAUAUUAGCAAUAGUAUAUGUAUUUUCAUCA